GAAGCCCGGCUCAAUCGCGUCGCGAGCACCGUGGCCUCCGCUUCGCCGCUACACGAACACCGCCCUUAUCAAAACAUUCCCGCAGAGCAAUCGAUACGCACGUCUCACGCCGUUUGAUAACGAACUCGCGACCGCCGUGACUUUGUGACUCCAGUGCUAGUGUUGUGAAUGACAUGUGAUUUUUGUUGGUCAAGCAAAUAUAUUUUGGAACACACAGAAAAUCUACAGAGUUUUACCGCUAACAAAAGACGCGUGCGGCGUGGCGCGAUGGAUGCGUGAACGGUCAUCAUGCGCCUCUUCCGCGGGCCGAAGCGCAGGGAAGUGACCGCGCCGCUAGCCGCCGCGACGCCGUCUCCACGCCGAGACGCCGCCGCCGCUGCCUCGCCGCAACCCCAACAAGAUUUUACACUCGUCACCGCUCUCCCCGCCAUGGUCAUGGAAGACGACGUCCGGGAGAUGAAGAAAGUUUUCGCAACGUGGGGUCGUCGAAUGGGAAAAAAGCUGGAUAUGCUAAAGAAACCUGAUGUAAAAGAAACUUUGGAAAACAAUUCUGUUAACGAGAAUGCUAAUGAAGAAAAUUCUUCGAUUAUAACCGGACAGUAUAAGAAGAAACAACAAUGGAAAAUGGGUCGAAGUAGUUCAGACUCUACUUCUUUAAGAAGAGAUCCUGAUUCAGAUUCAAUACGAAGCAUUCGUAGUGGAUCUAGGGAUCGAUCUCCAAGUCCUUUUAAAUCAUUCUUCCAUAGAAUGGGUUCCACUGGUAUGCUUAAUUCAAGUAAAUCUCAAUCCUUAAACACGCAAAAAAAUAAUGAAUCAUAUCCCGUCGCUAAUGGACCUUCGCUUUAUCGUAGUUGUUCUACAUCCCACCUCUCAACGUAUGUGAAAGCUGAUGAUCCAUCUGAUGACAUAGACUUGCAAAACGCCAUCAAUGAAAAUAAAAAGUCUCCAAUAAAACACAAUAAUCUAAUAUCUGAUGAGGCAUUGGUAGCAUCGUCAACUAAAGCUAUUAGUUGUGAUAAUAUACCAAACUUAGAAGGACAAAAUAACAGUGGCACUACCAAAAAACCGAAUUUUCCAUAUGCUUUUCUAAGAUCUAAAUUAUCUGUACUACCCGAAGAAAAUAGUUUGACUUCACAACAAAGAACCAACUGCGUAAGACAAAGUUUUUCAGAAAGAUUAGACCGAAAAUCACCAAAACUACGGAGAGAAAGACUAUAUUUGCCUAAUUCACGAUCUGAAGAAAGAUAUCAAAGUAGUGACAGUAUAGCGUUCCAUGAAGAAAAUAUGCUGAUAAACAAUGUCCUAAGAAACGAAUAUGAUUUUGCAAGAAGUUCUUUGAGAAGUAUUAAUGAGAUCGACAAUAACAUUUAUACUGGGCGACGCGCAGAAGAAGUUCCUAGAAGAUCCUCAAUGAUAUCUCAAAGAGCUCCAUUUGAUUAUGAUCCAAUGCUCAUACCCAGAAACAGAAAUAGUUUACCGGUAUAUGAAUAUAAUUCUGUUUUAGGGUCGGUAAGGGAUAUGAAAACUGAACUGACGUCUUCUUCUCAUAGUGCGCCGGAAACUGAGGUUCUUCAGGCUCAUCGUUUAAGUAAUUAUGUUAGCUCCAAUGAAUCUGGUUAUGACAGUGAUGGCCGCCCAACUGAUGAACACAGUAAUCACUCGCCCCCAGGAUAUUCUAACCAUUUUUCCACUAUUGCAAUGAGGAAUGAAUCUCUCGAUUCCCGUUUAGAUAAUAAUCAGAGCAAUUUUUCAAGGCAAUUAAGUUUGAACCAUAAAAUAAAUGUAAGCAGAGUACAAAUUCCUGCUCGUAGAAGUUCAACGCCUUGUGCACUAUUUCCAGUAGAAAAAAUAACAUCAGCCGAAUAUGAAACAGAUAAAGGGCAAGGUAAUAAACAAGCCAGUUUAUCAGUGAAUACGCAAAUUUUCGAACACAAUGACAGUAAACCACCACCAUUACCUAAAAAGACUGGUAACAAAAAAGCGCCUUAUAUUUAUAAAACAAUAACAUUAGAUGAACGAGUCCAAACAAGAAAAAUUAAAUUAUUACAUUCGCAAAUUCUUCCUGUGGAGCAUUCGUCUACUCCAGACGUAAAUAGAAGAACAAUGAUAUCGGAGAGUCAAUCGGCAGUACAUCAAGUAGAUGGUACUGAUAUAGAUAUAUUUGGCCGUGGUCCGUGUACUAAAAGAUUUAGGAAAAUCAGAUUAUUAAAAUCAAGAUUAGAUGAAAGUCUGGGAGUGUAUCUGGCACAGCAUAAAGUUGAUUUUGAUAGUUGUGGCGCAAAUUAUGAGGUACGGUAUAUUGUCGUGAAAUUGGACUUUGAUGGUAUCGCCCAUAGAGACGGAAGGUUGAGAAUAGGAGAUGAAAUAGUCAAUGUAAAUGGAAAAGUACUUCGUGGAUUGUCUUCCUUGAAAGAAGUUCAACACAUUGUAAACUCGUGUUCUACUGAAGCCACAGUUGAAGAUGGGGCCCUAUUUCAAAGAUAUCAGGUAGACCUUGUAAUGGCGCAUGAUGAAAUUACUCCAAUUACGCUUAGUCGAAUAAUUAACAACCAUACUUGCGAGCAAAAUCCAAUUUUAACAACAGAACCACAACAAGUAAAUGUACCUCCUGAUAUAAUCUCAGAAACGGUACACAAACCCUCAUCUUCUAAUCAAAUAACAAUAGAAACUCAUUUUCCUAGUGAAAAUCCCGCACAUAAUGCAAACAUUACCAGUGGCCAUAUAAAUAAUCAAAUCACUUAUAGAACUAAUUCUAUGAGAUCUGAAUUGCAAAAAAGUUGUGAAGUGGGUGUACAAGUAAACAACGACUCUUUGAAUUCAAGCCAAAAAAGCGAUGAUGAAAAGUUACUGGAGAAACAUUCCUAUAACCAAUCCUCUUCGUCUUUGCAUAAUAUUACAAAUAUUGAAAUAUCAAUGCGGUCAUCAGAAUCCCCAAUACCUAGAAAAGGUAAUGGAAAUAAUUAUAGACCCAUAUCAUUACAUAAUUCAAAACCGUCCCCAGUUCUGUUACACUAUCCAAAUGACAAUACGGUCAAUGAAAUCAAAGAGAAUUCUUCCCACUAUAUAAAACAUGUGCCACGCCUGUAUCAAAAUCGAUCUUUCGAAAGUAUACCAGAACAACUCAGAAAUGGCAGCAGGAGUAGAUUUUUCAAUAGAAUAGGAUCGCAACGAUGUUCACCAAAUCACAGUUUACAUGUAUCACGACAGCAAGAAUAUAAUGCACACUAUGAAAAUCAACAUUGUGGUCACUAUGCGCAAACUUUUAUGAACAAGGUGGAAUUUUGGAAAGGGCCAGGUCAUAAGAGUCUUGGGUUUAGUAUUGUAGGAGGUACUGACUCGCCGAAAGGAAAAAUGGGCAUAUUUGUCAAAACCGUUUUUCCAAAUGGUCAAGCGGCGGAUAAGGGUACUAUUUUUGAAGGUGACGAGAUCUUGUCGGUAAAUAAUGUGCCAACACGUGGACUAAGCCAUGCUGGGGCCAUAUCGCUUUUUAAACAAGUCAAAGAAGGAAAAAUUGAAUUGACGCUUUCAAGACGAAGAGCACCUAGGUCAAGAUCUGUAGAACCACUCGGUCACUCUCGUGAAGACAUCAAGCGUGACUAAAACUCAAGUGAACCCUAACUCCAAAGAAUCAUCGCAUCAAGUGCAAUAUUCUCAGUAACUAUUUCUUUGCCAAAGGCGAAAUAUAAUGCUUGUUUGUAUUUUUAUGAGUUAUCGUUGUAACAACGUACGAACUGUACUAUUAUCAAUAUAUGGAUUAUUUUCUUGUUAUUCAUAUACAUAGAUAAUUAUAAAUGAUGGCAGCGAUAUGAAUUAUAAUGAACGCUAAGCAUUGUAUUUAAAACAAAGGUAUCUGAUGUAUACCAUAAACACAUUCUACGCUAGAUGUUUCAUGUUUAAUAACAUUGUGCUUAAUAUUCAUGGUAUACAUAUUAUAGGUACACUAUAUUAAUAUAAGACUGUCUAUACUGUAGCUGUAAUAUAUUAUUGUUUAAUUUGUUACUUGAAAUCAAAUUGUUACUUUUCAGUAGGAAUGCUAGAUCUCGUUGAUAUCUGUAUAACUAGACUGUAUAUUUGCGAUCGCAGAUCAUUAGGUAGCAGUAGGUUACUUAUAUUAAAAUAUUACAAUACUUACUGUGUCAACAAGAUCAAAUUUAAGGUCUAAUAUAUUUAUUAAAGAAUGGUUCACUAGUUAUUAUAAAUAAUUCGGAAUACUAUAAAACUUAGAAGUGGUAAGUACUAGUGAAUGUGAUGUUGCAAGUGAUGGUAAAAUGACACCAUUCUUUUUUCGUCUUAAUUUAAAACGAGGUAACACCUUUUCUACAGUUUUAAGUACAAUCAUAAUAUUUUUUAUUCAUAUUGGAUAAGACAUUUGUCUCCCAUCACCUGAUGGUAAGUGACGAUGAAGACAAAGAUAUUACAUGCCUAUCCAAGAGAUAAGUAUUUAUUCUACUUUUGACUGUAUGACAAUUCUAUUGUGUUAUUUUAUUCCGAAUUAUUGUGGUGUAGACUUCGUGGGCUCCCACGAAAGGUCAAAUUGAGGUUAUAUUCCUUCUUUGAGCAGUUAAGUGAAAGAAUUUAAUUAGAUCGUAAAAUAUUCUGAUUUUAGUCAUAUUUUGAUUGGCACAUUGAAGAAUUGGCCUACGGCAUCCGCCUACACGGCUAUGCCCUUCACUAGCAAAAUUUGAGCACCUAGAUCAACAAGAUUGUUCUGAUUUUACAUUAAUGCUACCUACGACGGGCAUAAUAUGACUGUAUAUUAUAUUGAAUAAAUAGACAAUAUUCUUAAAAUUUUAGAACCAUGUAGAAAUACUACUUAUACUUUUUCUUCUUAAAGACUGAUCAACAAUUAUUUUAUAAAUUAAUAUUGAUUUACUUAUGAAACAGAAAAAUACUUUUCAUUGUAACCAGGCAAAUACCAACAAAUAAAAUAAACAACAAGUAAUGGUUUAUAAAAAUUGUAUGUAUAUUCGUUAUCGUAUUUAUGAAUUUCAAAAUGCUUCCAUACAUGUUGUGAUUAAUGAACUACAAAUCAGCGAAUACUCCGUCCAUAUAAAAUGUAACAAUUAUUUUGUUUGUACCUAAAAGAUAAAAAUUCAGAUUCGAAUGUAAUUUUGCGCAAUCUGAGUAGAUUCUUCGAAUACUAAACCAUCCAUGUCCCGUGCGCACACCAACAGUAUUUGUAAAGUUAUGUUGUAUUGUAAAUAAUGUUAUUAUUAAUAUGUAAAUCCACUUUGAAUACCUCUUUACGCUUGGUAUGAUUUCUCCAAAAAUAAACGUAUAAUGAAUAA